AUGGCGCCGCCGCUGCCGCCGCCGCCGCCAUCGUCAGCGUCAUUGUCGUCGUUGUCGUCAUCGCCGAUAACGUCCACGUCGCUCUCGCGGACUGAGACACUUAGCCUCUUGUCAUUGACGGCAGCGUGCGUUGCGGUGCUUGCCAAUACCUUUCAGGGCGAUGGAGAGCCACUCAUUGCGUCGCUCGCGCUCAGCGGGGUGGCCUUCAGCGCCACGUUUGCCCUCAUCCGCUGGCUGGGGCCGACCUUUAUGGCGGCGGGCCUCAAGGGCGUCGACAUGAGCAAGCACAACAAGCGCGAGCUGCCCGAGUGCAUGGGCGCCAUCUGCGCCGUCGUCUACCUGCUCGUUGUUAUUGUCUUUAUCCCCUUCCCCUUCUACAAGGACAUCGUGGCCGCCACCAGCGGCGGCGGCAACCGCGACGUCGUGCUCGAGGUCGAGCACGUCCAGCAGGGCCGGUUCCUGCAUCGCUUCCCCCACAGCAAGCUGGCCUCGUACCUGUCGGCCAUCAUCUCGCUGCAGUCCAUCGCCAUCCUGGGCAUCGGCGAUGAUCUGUUCGACAUCCGCUGGCGCCACAAGUUCUUCAUCCCCGCCUUUGCCUCGAUCCCCCUGCUGGUCGUCUACUUUGUCGACUUUGGCGUCACGUCCAUCGUCGUGCCCAUCCCGCUGCAGCCCUACCUGGGUGAGCUGUUCCACCUGGGUGCCCUCUACUACGUUUACAUGGCCGGCGUGGCCAUUUUUAGCCCCAACAGCAUCAACAUCCUGGCCGGAAUCAACGGUAUUGAGGUGUCCCAGUCGGUCGUCAUCGCCCUGCUGCUGGCUCUCAACGACAGCUUGUAUUUGUUAGCCCCACCGUACCCGCACCCAGCCACAGACUCGCACCUGUUCUCGCUCUACUUCCUGCUGCCCUUCCUGGGCGUGUCGCUGGCCCUGCUCUGGUACAACUGGUACCCGGCCCGCGUCUUUGUCGGCGACACGUACUGCUACUUCGCCGGCAUGGUCUUUGUCGUCGUCAGCAUCCUCGGCCACUUCAGCAAGACGCUGAUCCUGCUGCUGGUGCCGCAGAUGGCAAACUUUGUCUACUCGGCCCCGCAGCUGUUCGGCCUGGUGCCGUGCCCACGCCACCGCCUGCCGCGCUUCAACGCCCGCACCGGCCUGCUCGAGCCCAGCGUCACCCCCUGGCCCGCCACCCGCCAGCCCCGGCCCCCCGUCGCCUGGGCGCUGAAGCUGCUUGGCCGCCUGCACCUGCUCGCUGUCUUGCUCGACGACGCCGGCAACUUUGUCGAGACCAGUAACUUCACCAUCCUCAACCUGUGGCUCGUCUGGCGCGGCCCAAUGCGCGAGGACCGCCUCGCCAAGGAGAUAACGGCCAUGCAGAUGGCUGUCGGCCUGUUUGGCCUAUUUGUGAGGCACCGCCUGGCGCUGUUCAUCUUCGACUCGGAUAACUGGGGUAUUGUGAUAGAGUGA